AUGAAUAUUUUUAGAUUAACAGGAGAUUUAUCUCAUUUAAUAGCCAUAAUUAUACUUCUUCAAAAAAUCUGGCAUACAAGAUCAUGUGCUGGCAUAUCUGGAAAAAGUCAGAUCCUCUUUGCAUUAGUCUACACAACCAGAUAUCUUGAUUUAGUGACAUCUUAUGUGUCCCUCUACAACACUUUUAUGAAGUUUGUCUUCUUGGCUGCAUCUUAUGCUACUCUUUACAUGAUUUACCUCAAAUUCAAAGCCACAUAUGAUCACAAUCACGACACAUUCAGGAUUGAGUUCUUGAUUUUGCCAUCAUUUGGUUUAGCAAUGUUGAUCAAUCAUGACUUUUCCUUUAUGGAGGUCUUAUGGACAUUCAGUAUAUAUCUUGAAUCUGUGGCAAUUCUCCCGCAAUUGUUUAUGGUGAGCAAAACUGGCGAGGCUGAAAGUAUUACAUCCCACUAUCUCUUUGCACUUGGUUCCUACAGAGGUCUCUACAUACUGAAUUGGAUCUACCGCUAUGCUACUGAAAAUUACUAUGAUCUUAUUGCUAUUGUUGCUGGGGUAGUGCAGACUGUCCUGUAUUGUGAUUUCUUCUAUCUAUAUAUCACAAAAGUCCUCAAGGGUAAGAAACUUCAAUUGCCAGCUUAA